UCUAUGCUGUUACAAAAACAACACAACCGUUUCAGCGUUUUCUGGAUUCUUCGAAGCAUGGCGGAGGGAAGAAAAUCGGGGCAAAGACGUCAAUGAUGGAAUUUUCACGCGGACCUCAGAGAAAUUCGGAAACAGAAGCAAUGCGCCGUUCUUCUCCUUUGUCUGCAAAACGUGUCGCAAACCGAUUCCAUGGCGGAGUGAAAGGUCUUAUGGAAAGUACUAGAUCUAUAUAGGAGGUUAGCGAGUGGUUCGAUUGCCAUCAUCAAUGCCUGUUUCACCCUGAAUCAGAGUAUAGACCAGUGACGAACACUUUCUGCUCCCCCCUCUCUUGGUCCAGCUUCGUGACAUUUUCCAAUGUCUUUCCACUUUUCUGCAUAUCAUUCACUGUGACUCUUCUCCAGUUUCUGCGUUUGCCUUCUCCUUGACCUGCUGUUAUGUGGAUUUCAAUCCAACACUUCCUUUGUUAUUUAGCUGUCUGGCUCCCCGAGGUUAUGUCCAGUCACCGCAACCGUCUUUUUCUCACUUCACCUCCAAUUAGGCUCUGUUUUGUUCUCCUUUAUAUUUUCUCGUUGGUGAUCCUGUGUGUCCAUCUUAUCCAGAGUAGCUUUUCCAGACAGGCACUUGUUGAAGAAAACCUGUGUGGCGAUGCCUGCACACCAAACUGCUCGCACUGCACACUAAACUGUUCGCACUGCCGUGCACCAAAAAGAUCAAUGUUUGUACGUAGCCUAUGUUCUUGUCCUUCUUGUUUACUCUUCUCGACUUCAAUACACAUUCAGUCACUCAACUUUAUUCGUUCGUUAGUUUCUUGCCACAAUUGGUGACCCCGAUUGGUAAAACGUAUUUUUACCUUCAAUUCUUAGUAUUAUUCUGCAACACAUUCUUCCACAAUGGAUAUGACCGCUGCUGUUUCAUUAAACUUCCAACUCUCUGGCAAAACAGUGGUUUCUCCAGGCCGAAACGCAAUGAGCCCAUCGCAAUAUCACUCACUGCAGAUGAUACCCAAUAUUACUACGUCGUAUUGAUGUUGGACACAGAAGUUACCAAUCGGGCACUGUCAAUCCUUUCCAGACCACUGGGUGACAACAAAUACCUGACGUUUAAAAAGUGCUAACGGUUAGCCUAUGAGAAAACAGAAGAGGAAAGGGCAGCUGCACUGUUUAGCCUCUCCGGGUUGGGGGAUAGGAAGCCGUCAGAGCUGAUGAAUCAAAUGCUAGCUCUCCGUGGCCACCAAGGCCAUAUUACCUGUUCUGGCACAUCUUCUUGACCAAGCUGCCUGAGCAAGUCCUCAUCUGUACAUGUUGUCAACCAAUACCUAACUCGACUCCCCACUACCCCCGACGUUUGCUUCAGUCACAAAACGUUUGUAAAAACACGCAAGGAAAUGCAAUCCACCGUGCAAGUUCUACAAACGUCCAAACACCAAUGCCAACCAGGGAAACGAGUCGCUGGGCCAGCAGUAGCCUCGACAAUUGCUGGCCCGGAUACAAAUCAACAACUGUACACCACCAGUGAACUUUCUGGAUAUCACUUUCUGGUUGACACAUAAGCGCACGUUUCUCUGAUUCCAGCAACGAUGCUGGAACGUCACGUAGGCCCUUCGAAUGCUCCACUCCAGGCGGCGAACGGCACCCCUAUUCUCGCCAAUGGUACAAGCACUGCAUCACUACGAAUCAAAGGCCGAGAAUGCAACCCUCGCCUCGUACUUGCUGAUGUCAAGUACCCCCUCCUUGGACCAGAUUUCCUUCGUGCCCACAACCUCAUCGUCGACCUUCGCCGACAACAUCUGAUAGAGGCAGACACCACUACGUCUAUAUCGUGUUCCAUCCAAACAAAGAGCGUGCAACAACUCGCCAAGAUUGACCCCAAUUCAAAUUCCUUUUGAAAGAUUCUGAACAAAUUCCCAUCUAUCCUCCAAUCAACGUUCUCGUCCGAAGCCGUGAAAUAUGGAGUCAAACACCACAUCUCAACAACUGGUCCGACAGUUUUUGCCCGACCCAGGAGACUGGCUCCAGAUAAACUUGCAGCCGUCAAGAAGCAAUUCAUGGGAUAUGAGGAAAAAAGAAUAUUUCGGAAGUCCAACAGCCCAUGGGCAUCGCCAUUGCUUAUGAUUCCUAAAUCAGACGGUACGUGACGGCCUGUGGUGAUUACUGGCGGCUCAACGAGAGAACAGUUCCCGACCGCUACCACAUCCCACAUAUCCAGGAUAUCACAGCUCGUCUACAUGGCAAAACCAUAUUUUCAAAACUUGGCCUGGUCUGUAGGUACCAUCAAGUUCCUAUCCACCCUGAAGAUAUCCCCAAAAUAGCUGUGAUAACUCCAUUAGGUUUGUUCGAAUUCGUCCACAUGCCGUUUGGUCUAAAAAAAAGCGCAGCCCAGGCAUUCCAGAGACUGAUGGAUACAGUUCUACAAGGCACUGAUUGUGCCUUCGAUUACCUGGACGACAUUCUCAUUGUGAGAGGGGACGCCAACCAACACAAAGAGGGUAUUCAUGCAGUCUGUCCACGCUUGCAAGAUGCUGGUCUCAUCCUUCGCCUAGAGAAAAGUGCCUUUUUGGCGUCCAAUCCCAGAAGAUUCUGGGACACAGCGUUUCCAAACACGGCACUACCUCCCUCUCAUUGAAAGUCGAAGCCAUCAGAAAUUUUCCCAAACUAUUCACGUUGAAAGGUCUUCAAGAAUUCUUGGGGACGAUCAACUUUUACCAUCGCUCUCUUCCAAAGAUAGCUGACAUACUCCAACUCUUAAUGCAGCCCUGACAGGCACCAGUUCUAAGAAAACGUUGUGUUGGACAGAUGAAAUGCCGAAAGCAUUUCAAUCUUGCAAGAGAGCUCUUUCUAACGCCGCAAUACUCGUUCAUCCAGAUCCAAAAGCUGACCUCACCCUGUCUACCGACAUGUUUGACCUCGCCGACGGAACAGUCUUGGCAACCUCUUUGAUUUUUUAGCCGAAAGUUACACCCCCCUGGAGACUAAAUACAGUAUGUAUGACAGGUAGCUACUCGCCUUGUACCUUGCAUGCCGACACUUUCGCUACUCCCUUGAAGGAAGAACGUUCGUGGCUUACAUUGACCACAAACCUCUGGCUGAUGCCGUGAAAAAAGUAUCCGACCCCCAGUCUGUUCGGCAACAGCGACAACUCGCUUUUGUUUAUUGAAAUUACAACUGCUGUACUGCACAGAUACAUAGCCUAUCUCGCCCAAAUUAGAAGCUAUUCCGCUGGGCAUUGACUACACUGUCACGGCCAAAGCCCAAGACAACUGUGGAAGCAUCCAACAAACAAGCCUCCAAAUCGUCUCCAUGACAAUACAGGACAAUGGCCCAGUGUUACUUUGCGAUAUCACAACAUGAUAUCCAAGUCCUAUCGUUCCGUCAGGAUUCCAACGACUAGUUUUUGACACUUUGUCACAUCCAGGUAAAGAGGCCACCGGUAAGAUAAUCUCUAAAAAAUCCGUGUGGCAAGGAAUGUGGAAAAUGAUUUAUCUAUGGACAGGAGAAUGUAUCCACUGUCAAGCAUCAAAGAUACAAACACACACAAAAGCACCCCCCCCAAAAAAAAAGCUGAAAGUCCCAGAAAAGCGCUUCAGUCACACAAAUGUAAACCUGGUCAGUCUUCUUCCACCAUCAAAUGGUUUCACUCAUCUUUUUACAAUUAUUGACCGCACUACACGCUGGCGAGAGAUAAUAGUAAUACCAUUGCGGAGCACAACAGAAAAGGAUUGUGCUCAAGCCCUGAUCCAAGGAUAGAUUUCAAGAUAUGGGACACCAUAAGAUAUAUCUUCUGAUCGGGGAACCCAGUUCACCUCAUCCUUAUGGUCAGAGAUCGCGGAAAUUUGGGUGUCAGAUUGCAUAGAAAACUGUAUGUCACCCCCAUCCAACGGACUUGUGGAACGUUUUCAACGUAGUCUGAGAACAUCCCUUUAGGCACGCCUCUAGGCCCACAACUGGAUCGAUGAGAUACCGUGGACCUUGUUAGGUCUUCGGACUACCCCUGAGGAGGACAUCGGUGUUUCAUCAUCUAUGGUGAGGUGUUGACUGUCCCGGGUGAUUUUAUAUCCAGCGAGACCUAGCCAUAGUCAGCCCAGCAUUUUUUCAAUGUAACUGCACCUGAGAUCAGCUGUGAUGCAUCGAAACCUCUGCCGACAUUUGCAUAUUAUUAUUGUGUUCCUGGGUCCUAUGUCCCCAAUUCCCUCAAGCUUACAAAGUUAGUUUUCGUCAGAAAUGAUGCCAAUCGGGGACCCCUGCAACGCCAACAUGCUGGUCCCUACAAAGUUCGGUCGCAAGGCGAUAAAACCUUCAGGAUCAGAGUAGGCACACGGAUGGAUGUCGUGUCUAUUGACCGAUUGAAACCAGCUCAUACCGACAUGUUAGAGCCCUCGCCACUGGUCAUCUCAGGCCAACACGGCUGCCCACCAUCAAAGCCUCUCGAUCCAGUUGUGCCUUCUUCAUCCGUCACGUUCUGGACGUAAGGUUCGCAGACCUUUGCGGUUCUCACAAGCAGUUGCCUUAUCAUUGCUAGGGGGAGGUGUGUGGCGAUACUGCUUUCUCAGCCGUGCACCAAAAAGAUCCAUGGUUGUACGCAAGGGCGAAAAACUAUGAGGCAAGUAUAUUGAAAAUACAUUCUGGGUAGGAUUUCAAGAGAGUGACUGUGCAAAAAUCCACCACCGUUAAAACAACAUUUUUAUCCUCGCACUCAUAGUCACUCCCUGAAAUAUCGUCAUCUUCCUCACCGUCGCCUGCUUGUCACCGUAACUAUUGCCACCGUCACCGUCACGGUCACCGGCACCGCGACCACUGCCUCCCUCACCGCUACCGCCACCGCCACCGUCAUCUCCUGAACUACCUUACCGGUAGAAACUGAAUAUAAUCUGUUUGGAUCAACGUCAACACCAGCUGCACUAGCAGAGCUCGAAACCAACACAACUUGCUAUGGAGAAGCGCCAGGACAAACAGGAAAACGGGUUCGUUGGACGAAUAGAAGGAGGGGAAAAAGAACUUCAAAAAUGGUGGUCUAGAAAUAUGAACCAGCAGCAACAACAACAACAUAUUGACGGUGCGAAUGAAAGAGUAGACGAAGGAAAUAGAAACAGAGGAGUUCGAAGGAGCGAUAGAAAAGGAGAAAAUGGGAACGGAGGAGACAAAAGAAGAGCAGGAGAAGGAAAAGACGAUGGGGUGAGUCUGGGUAACCAGCUCCUUCUCUCAGCUGCCAGCUUUGGCGUGGAAAUGAUCGUUACUUUCCAAACCAUCUACGGCGUUCUCAGCCUCCAGUACCUGGGUGUCCCCAUGUACCUGGUCUCUGUCCAUGGUGUGGUCUGCGGCGUCAGCAGCCUGUUUAUCAUCCCUCUGAUUGGUCGCUUCACUGACUGUGGGAACAACACCAGGUUUCGGAAAGCAGUCGCUCUGUUCAUUGGGCUCGGUACGCUCCUGACAGCCGUGUCCUUGAUCUCUGCGUCCACAGUCUUCAAAAUACAAUCCGACACGGCAUCUGGAGUUGUGCAGAACGGAUCUAUAGAAACGACCAACGGCUCACACUGGAGUACUGUCAACACAGACUUGGAUCGUCAUCAAAUGGGCCGAAACAAAAGUAUGCCGUUUGAAAAAGGUACCCCGUCGAACUUGACAGCGUUUAGCUCUACAAGAGCUGUGUUUUUGGACCGAAUAGAAAUUGAAAGCGUAGACAGUUCGCAAAACAUUGGUUCCACAAUCAACCAUAGUGUGAUGUCACACUCAAGAGAUGCCCUGCCCAACGUGUCUGAUGUUCUUUCCGGGAGGGCCAAUACUCUCUCGCCUGACAAGUUGAAUGUUCUGCCCGACACGCUCAAUUUUCUCUCGAAUAUGCCCAAAAAUCUAUUAUAUACGUCCAGAAUCUUGCCCGGAGCUUACAGCGUUUUUAAAAACACAUCCAGCAUGUCGUCCAAUAUUUCCUUUACUCAUCCUGAUUCUUCCUAUAUCACAACAACAAUUGUGCCUGUUGACGACAUCUCCUCUGAAUUAUCGCACCUACCUGUUAGAGUUGUCUUAGCUAUUCUCGGAUUCGCUUUCUUAGCCUUGAGCUUUGGAGUCAGUAUGUCUCCCACCAGAGCAUUCAUCCUUGAGAUUGUUCCUUCCUGGCAACACUCUAGGAUCUUAGCUACGGCCACUGCGACGUCAUCCGUUGCCGGCAUGUGUCUGUCUGGAAUGGGUCUCCUCAACGUGCCGAAUCUGUUUGGGGCUGUUUUACAUAUUGACAGGAUGGCAGGAACCCUGCUGUUUGUAUGCAGUUUCACUGGGCUUUUCGCCACUUUAUCGUUUUCUAUAACCGUGUGUGCUGGCUUUUGGGUAAAAAAGACGAAAACAUCGGCAGAGAUGGACUCAGAAGAUCAUGUCGAGCAAGCUGGUCCUGAGGCCCCCGCCCGCCGUGGCUGUGCGGGCUGUUGUUUUAGUUCCUGCAAGCGGGGAAAUAAUAGUCAUGAAUAUAAAGAGAUUCCCACGGAGGAAGAUGUUUCAAUAAAGACGCACGAAGAUAAUUUUGGGAAUACUGCAGAGUCUAAAUCACGUAUAGAAAACGGAUACGACCAAAAUAGUAUACAUACUUCAUCUUUAGGAUUUACGCCAUCGCAGUAUUUUCCUGAUUACCAGGGUAGUCGGAAUGAUCAGCAGCUUGAACCAUCUCAUACAGCCAGCGAAAUAGGUGGAGAAGAGUAUGCUGAUUGCAUUUAUACACCCGAUGAUGUAGACUGGGAAUAUACUUUAUCUGACUCAGAUAUUACCGCCCAAGCUAUCUCUGCUCCCAACGAUAAUUUAGGAGACUUUUACCAACGGCAGAUUCACAAUAAAAAUAAUAUUCAAAUCGGUAAUAAAGCGAUCAGUCACGAGACCAAGACUUCUCAGGGUUGGCGUUUAAGCAACAGUUUUGAUCACUUUCAAAACAUUGUAUCGAAUACAUCUGAAGAGACUGUACCUUUUGUUUCGGUCAACGACAAGGAAAUAUCACCGAAAAACAACGCCAACCGGGCACACACGUCUUCAAGUAUCUCUGCUGGAUCAAACCUUUUCAAUAAGAGACUUGUCAUCCUUAUGAUUGCGUCCUUCUUUUCCUACGGCACUUUGGUGGCAUUUAAGUCCUUUGCAUCCAACUCUCUGACCAUCGCCGUAUAUAAAGGAGACCCCAAGGCCGCGCAAGGCUCGGAGGCCAGGGAAAACUAUGAACGUGGUCUGCGCAUGUGCUCUGUGGGUGUGUUCACUUACUACGUGGCCUAUUUCAUCCUGAGCUUUUGCAACAAAAAGAUUCUGGACAUUGCAGGUCCCCGCGCUCUGUUCAUCGUGGCCAACCUUCUGAUGACCGCAGCGUGUCUCGUGUUUGUCUAUACCAGCCAUCUCGCCGCCUACUUCUGUACCAUGUUGUUCUGUGGUCUUCACAAGAGUAUGAGCUACACGGUGCCUUUUCUUCUGGCCACGCAGUAUUCCCAGCCGGGCCAGUCGGUGUCGCUCGAGUGUGAGGAGAGUGAAGACGGGAAGAAGGGCAGCCACCAUAAUUUGGGCAGAGUUACCGCCAUGGUCGGCUUCCUGCUCACCGCCCAUUACCUCGUUGUCAGUUGCGCCAUGGGCCCACUCAUGCACGCUGUAGGGACUGCCUGGCCGCCCAUGUACUAUUGUGCCUGCGUCAGUUGUCUUGCGGCGAUGAUUAUGUCAUGUCUUUACUUCAUAAAGUAGAAUAUAUCAGUUUUACUCUCUGUAUAUUUUGUUGUUAGCUUCAACAAAGUGUGGGCGCUGUGGUGUGGCUUGCUCCUUCUUUCCAUUCAAACAUCUAUCGUCCUUAUCUCUCCCCCUUGUUUUCUUUACCCUUUGGUAUUGACACUUCUAAUCUUCGGCACUUACGUGGCCUAUCAGUUUUGAAAACGCUUUAAAACAACUGAAGCAGAGAACCCCCC